CCCAAUACUUAUCGUUGGAAAUAAAGCUGAGUCUUACUCAUUGUUUCUAUUCUAUUAUAAACAUAAGUUACUCGGAGAUGUCUCAGGUAGGUACCAAAAGAAUCCGAUCACCUGUUUGUUUCUAAGUCUUUGUGCCAGUUAUGUGACAGAAUUUGCCGUUUUUUGAAUUAACGAAAAGAUAAAAAGUGAUAUUUAAUUUUUUCAGUUUCGAAAAAGCUUAAGAGGUAGCCAAGAAGAGCCAAGAGCAAAUGGUAAAUCCGAAAAUGUCCGAUUUUUAAUAAACAGCCACAUUUUACACUGCGGUCUUCGCUUUAACGAAACCAACUGUCACACCCACUACAUAGCGAAAGUCGCUAUAUUCUGUUUCAUUGUAACCUACAUGUUACAAGUAAUGGAGCUGUAUUGGUCCAAAGGCGACCAGGAGAAGUUAUUUGAAUGUUUCAGCAUCUUAUCAUUUUGUGGAAUGGGUGUCAUGAAGUUAGUCAUUCUUCGUGUAUACCACCAACGUUGGCGAUUCCUUUUAAACCAAGUAUCCAUCUUGGAAAACCGUCAUUUAGAUCCUGGACCAUUAAGCUACGAUUCCGACAAUGACAAUGACGAUAAUGAAAUAGUUACAUUUAUUACGAAAUACACGGAUAAGUUUAAGAGAACGUCUUCGAUUUUAAUAAAGAUGUACGCUUCGACUUUGGUAAUUUACGUUCUAUCGCCAUUCGUUGAAUACAUUUUUCGUCAAUUUCGUGGAGACUUGAAUAUUGCGUACCCACACAUCUUACCUGCCUGGACACCGUUGGAUGAGUUUAGUGUCACUGGAUACCUGAUCAUGGUUUCGUUUGAAACAGUUGCAUGUAUUUACUGUGUAUUCGUACACGUGGCUUUUGAUUUGACUUGCGUGGGAUUAAUGAUAUUCGCUUGUGGUCAAUUUUAUUUACUCCGCUAUCGCAGCGAACGUAUCGGUGGAAAAGGGAGAAUAUGCAGACUUCUUAAAUCGACAGAGGUUCGAGCUCACUACAGAAUUGUGUUUUGUCAUGGCAUCCACGUUUUACUAGUGCAGCUAAUAGAAGAACUUGACAGGUUGAUAAAACAUAUCCUGGGUGUAUACUUUUUUUUGGCUACUCUGACUUUAUGUUCGGUGGCGGUUCGAUUGAAAACGGAGGAUAUGAGUAUUACACAGCUUGUAAACUUACUGCAAUAUAUGUGCGGUACCCUGACGCAAUUGUUUUUGUAUUGCAAAUACGGCGACUCAGUUUACAAUGAGAGUUCAGUGAACAUGGGCGAAGGUCCGUUUGCCGCUGCCAUUUGGGUUCUCAGUCCCAAGAUUCGUCGAGAGCUUGUGAUAUUAGGAGCGGGAAUGAUGCGACCCCACCGCUUACAUGCUGGCCCCUUCAACUCUCUGGACUUGCCUUCUUUUAUACAGAUAGUACGAGCUGCUUACAGCGUAUAUGCUGUUUUCGGACAGAAAUAAUUAGCGUCAAAAAAAUUAUACGUGAAAUUUGAAGUAAAAUGUAGUUCAUCUUUAGUUGUUUAGAAUAUUUUUGUAGAUUCUGGACUAAUAAAACACUAUUAAAAAAUAUAUACACAAUAUAUUUGUUUUUCGUACAUAAUAAAUCUACGACUCAACUUUCUUGUUUCUUGUUGUUGUUGUUGUUGUUGUCAAGUUAUGUGAAAAAAAUCAAAAUUGAUUAAAGUUAUGGUGAAUAGUAUAAUUCAAUUCAUGCACGAGCGUUUCUAUUUUUGUCGUAAUUUAUAUAGAGUUUAAGAUUAUUUUUCAGACCAGGUAUGUAAAGAAAGCGUUUUUUUAUAAUGAAUAAAAGUGUACAAGAAAAAAACUUAAUCAAAAUUUUUUGUUUGUCUAUUUUUCGGAUAGCACGCAAUGUGAUGCAACUAAAACUAAGGUUAUUGCCCCGGGGUAGCUUCUGCCUUCGCUAUAGAUUGCUGCUUCACAAAACAUAUCAUCACGAUACGCCGUAAUGAAAUAAAUUUAAAAUAUAUUAUGUUAUGUCAAUACAUUCGUUAUUUGUUUUUCGACAUUCAAAAAUAUUGUAUAGGUAUACUGUCAUGAAAUAUAGCCAUUUAGUGAAAUGACUAUGAGUUAUGAGUUUUAGUGCAUCAGAUCACCGUUACGAUCGACCGACCAAAUAAAGGCAACUCUAAACGACUGAGAAGAAGAAUGAGUUUUGAAGUAGAUCGCUUACAAUAGAGAUGCAUUAAGAUGAAAACAUUUCAAGAACGACGUUUCUCCAGCCAGGCUGCGACAGACGCUCGGUGCUUCUGAGACCACUUGAUGUUGUUGUGAACUGUUUCUAGAGCACGUUUUCUUGAGGCCUCGCCAGCACCAGCUUCUGGAUAUUGAGCGAAGAAUGCUUCCAUCU